AUGUUGCCAUGUGUUCGCUGGCUCCAGUCACUCCUCGCUUUGCUCUCCUCCACCAUGCCGACCUGGGGGCAAAACAGCUGCCCGAGCCGGUGCCUGUGUCCGGACCCGCACACCGUGAACUGCAGCGGCCGCGAGCUGACCAGCCUGCCGGACCCCAUCCCUCUGGAUGUCCGCCGCCUCGUGCUCUCCGACAACUCCAUAACCGGGAUCCCCUCCGACUUCCUGAUCCUCUACAGCGACCUGGUCCACCUGGACCUCCGUAACAACCUGCUGUCGCGCAUCGAGCCGGGCACGCUCAGUACCUCCUCCCGGCUCGUCUUCCUGGACCUCAGCUGCAACAACCUGACGGAGAUCCCGCCGGGGACAUUCGGCGAGUCGCGCAGCCUCAUUAAGCUGCGUCUGGGGAACAACUCGCUCCUGAGCAAGGUGAGCGAAGAUGCCUUCCAGGGCCUGACGUCCCUGUGGGAACUCGAGCUGCAGGGGAACGCCCUGUCCUGCCUGGACGUCCGGGUGCUGAGCCGCCUACCCUCGCUACGCCGGGUCCGCCUGGAGGGGAACCCCUGGGUGUGUAACUGCAGCUUCAUCAAACUGUUCACGUGGCUGUCUGAGAACACGCUGAAGCUUCCUACAGGCAUGAAGGGCAUAGAGUGCAUCAUCUCCAAGAACGAGAACCGGACUGACCUCAGCAGACUCUCCAAGGAAAGCUUCCAAAAGUGUCGGGUGACCCCCAUGGAUUACAUCAUCGUCAUCUUCUCCGGUGUAGCAGUCUUAGUGGCGGGGAUCGUGGCCAGCUUCUUCCUGGCCACCACGGCCCACUGUUGUCAGCGCUGGAGUGAGACCAGCAAGGGUGACAAUGACGAGAACGAUGCCUGAGAUGGGGACACCUGCCCCUGUCCAACCCCCAGAGCCUUCGACCCUGAUGCAGAGAGACUGGGUGAGGCUGUGAAGGAGGAACCCACACACGCACACAGGUGUGAGGGCUACUGAGUACGUCUGGAAGGAGACUCCGCAGGGUAGAAGAAGGUAUUUAGGUUACAUUGGCCGGUUUGAGAUCUUUCACGUUUUUUUUUUUUUUUUUAACAGAAACUAUUUAUCCAGGCCUUACUGCAAAAACUGCCAGGGAGAGAUUACCUGAUAUCCCGAAAAUGUCCUGCGAUUCCUCACAGUUUAGCGGUAGACAAUGAAAAGUCAUUGGAGCUCAUCGAUAAAGUAAGCACCAGCUUCUGAAGUGAGCCUGCAAUCCAGAAACACUUCAGAGAACCAUUGAGCGACAUGCGAGUGUUUACUGCAACAUGCUCAUAGUCAGAGGCCCAGUGUGGUUUUCUAAUAGACGCAGCAGGUGACUUUGUAGUGGAGGAAACGUUUUCCAAAGAGUGCCAGAUUUUAUAGUAUAUGUUUAUCUUUAUUUUCUUGACAAAACUACCUCUUCUUUUCUCCUUAAAAAUGUCAGUAAAAGUGAUAAUCUAAUAUAAUUAGUUACAGAUUAGAAAUUUGUCCCAUUAAAAUGUGUCUAGAGUUUUUCAUCGCAUAAAUUAAAAGUACAAAAUAUCAAAUUAAAAAGAAAAAAAGCAUCUGGUCAUUACUAAAUGUACUGUAAAAUCAACCAUUUAAAGUAUAUGCUUCAUGCAGAUAUGCCUAAAAUAUCUCGUCCAAUUUAGUGAGCGAUUUCUUUGAUGUGCAGAAAUGUUUGACUGUUUAGUGUCAUGUAUUCAUAAGAUGAACCAAACAAUGGUUUUUGCUAUUUUCUGUGCUGUUACUUUGUUAAGAAAAUGAUGGUGGUGAUGGGGAGGAGAUGGGUUGUUAGGCAGUGUCCGAAUUCAGCCGCUGCAUCUUUCGAAGGCUGCAUUCGAAGACCUAAUGUGUGACAGUGGUCCCGUUUUGGCUGGAAAUGCAGCCUAGAGAUGCUUUAUACUUAUACCGAGAUCCCAGGAUUCAUAGCAUGAACUGUAUUGAAGGGUACAGCCUACAAAGGCUACAUAGAUGUUAUUCUUUGAAGGAUGCAGCACCUGAAUUUAGACACAGCCUUACAGUGGCUGGCUUAAGAUGGGGAUCUUUGGGAUUACGCAUGCUCCAGGAAGGGAAUCGGCUUGGCCGAAUAUAUUCCGUUGGAAAAAUGUCCUUUGCAAAUCUGUGUUGAGAACUUUGAGUUACUGCGUCUAACACUGUGUUCUGUGUCGUUUACUUGUGGGAUUUCACAUAGAAACCGUACUGACCGGUCUGGACUCCUAAAUGACUUUGUUUCUUCCUGGAAUGGAAGCAGCAGAGUCCUUGAUUUUCAAAGAGUAUGUUUGUUAGUACUAUUCUAAGGGAUCGUCAGCAGCUAAUGGUGUUUCUGUGACAUUGAUUCUCACUUGGGUUUGUCUGAAGCUCCACUGUCACAUGACUGGCGUCCGGUCUGGCUCUAUAGGAGGAGAAGGCCAAGCUCCAGUUCAGGAUGACAGCUCUACAUUUGUCAAAAUAUCUUCAUGUCUGUCUGAAGUCUCCAACUGACAUACCCUCUCACUACAGAUUGGUCGGCAGGCCCCCAAAAAUGAAAAGGUUCUUCAUAAAUGAUAGUGAAACAAGGCACAAAAUUUACAAUAAAUUCAGGUACAUGUGUGUUGUUAGUUACGCCGAAGAUGCAGCAAACCCAUCAUAUAUCUGUAUCCGUCAUCUAAAGAGUUAGGGUUCAUGUUGGCUUUCAUUUGUUAUUUUCACUGCUACUCUGGAUUGAUUUUCAGUAUGUCUCAUAUUCGCAGGUAUGUUCGACGGUAUUGCUGUACUUUACUUUUGGUCAUGCGUGUGUUACUUUAAAUCCUUUUGUUUGCACAAUAUUCUCAGAUGGGGUGUGGAUCCAUGCACAGGAAAUCGUGGUCUUGAAAUGUUUCUUCUUCUUCCAAGUUUAAAAUUAGCAAUAUUUAAGGGUAAAAAGGGAUCCCAUUCACCUGAAUAAAGCGUUUUGUGUUUCUCAAAAAUCAGACCAGCGGUGGAUAGUUCUGGUCCAGAAAGUAAAAAUCCAGAACAACAUUUCGUUUCAAUCAGCCAGUAUAAAAUCUAAACAGUCACAGUCAUAAAGUACUGAACUGGUUGAUCAAAACAAAAAUUUUGGUCUGGAUUAUUUAUUUUUUAUUCUGGACCUGAACUAUCCACCUCCGAAACAGACUGAUUUUGAGGAUUAAAGUAUAGCUUGAUGUUUAGAAGAAACAGCAAUGGUUAGCAGUUAGUCUGGUGACUACGGAGCAAGGCGGCAGUUCCAAGAAGGGUCUUGUCCUUGUGUAAAGACUUGCUUUAGAUGAAGUAGCCCGCUAAUCUUAGGAUAGUAAUGAUAAUCGUUAUUCAACGAAAGCUGGUGGUUAACAGCUAGUAACAGGAGAAAGCAGGCUUCGUAUAAUCACUUCCCUUUGGGUAAGACCAGACAGCGAUCCCACCCACUGUGGGUCUCAGAACCUCAUUUUUUUCACAGCAUGGAGUGAGAAAGGGCUGUUUACAGUCUAUUGCUUUUCUGAGGCUUCUACUCAAAGCCGCUCUCAGUUUUCCAUCCAAUUGUGCAGGUGGAUAUUUCACUGGAACAAUUCAAACUAAGAUCACAGGAUUUUACUUAACUAUUCCCCAAAACACCAAGCCGCAAUCCCCUUUCCGCCACUCUUUCUUAAUAAAACAAAAUCGACUAUUGAAGGAAAAAUCAAUACAACAUUCAUCAAGUUCGGUGCUCUGCUAGAGGAUGUUCUGAAUUCUGGAAUCAGCCUUCAUGCUUCAGAUGGCCAGAUUAACAGAGAAUCUACAAGACAACAUACUGACACAUUAACACCGGAGGAGCUUCUUCCUGAAAACAAAGGGGACUUAAGUGUGAUUAUGCAGCUGCAAAUCUGACAAGGAAAACAGAUUUAUGUUCAGAUCCAACCAAACAGCACACACAGUCCUGAAUUUAAUCUCCGGAUUAUUACUUUAAUGAUUCUGGAACUAGUUCUUUGUAGGACCCGAAUAAAGUAGUUUGUUUUUUAUGUUAAUAGUGAAACGCCAUUUGCUGGAAAAUGCUCUUAAAAUCCUACGUGCAGUGCAAUUUGCUAACCUUACUCUCUGAAAUAACUGCAUUUUGAGUAUGUCCUGUAUGUGAAUAUCAUUUUACAAUAAUAAUACUGUUGAAAGAAAAGUUAUUAACCUUUUAUACUUAUAUAUUCCACUUUAUACCAAAAUCAAACUCUUUCUUGCAGAGGCAAAUAUAUGCCCUAAUAACUAUGCUAUAAACAUAAUAAACACUGUAAAAUGGUGGUAUAAAUAUAUAUGUAUAUGCAUAGUUAUAAAAUUCAAAAUGACAAAAAUAAAUUUUUUCAAGAAA